UCAGGAUUUUAAUUAUAAGUGAACACAAUGUCUGUUUAUCACGAUGAAAUCGAAAUUGAGGACAUGGAAUAUGACGAAGAAACGGAAACGUAUUACUACCCAUGUCCCUGUGGUGAUAAGUUUCAAAUAAGAGGAACUGGAGUCUGGGGAAGACGUAGCCAAGUGUCCCAGCUGCUCUCUCUUGAUUAAAGUUAUAUAUGACCCUGAGGACUUUCAAGAAGGCGAGGAAAUUCUACCCCCUGCAAAGGUUGAACUUGCUCUUGCCUGAUUGAUACCUGCCUGAUUUGCAUAAUUACAUCAUUACCGGACCUUGAUGGACAAUCAGAGGCCAGAACAUCCCUCCAUGAUGCACGGUGAGCUGUCUGGUCUGGAGGACAUCCCCGCGUCUGCGCUGGAGCCAACGUUCAUGGUGACAGACGACAUCCAUCAAGAGAGUCAGACGGCACAGCUGUUCUUUGAGAGUUUGCUGCAGUCGUCUCGGUCACAGCUGUUGUCAGAUUGUCACAUGUCAUCUGGUGAGAUCAGCUGGAUGGAUGAACAGAUCGGUGCGCCACGUGAUGUGCCUGUAUCUGAUAAUAUGCCUGGUGUUGUGAUACAAUCUGCGGUGCCAAGUGUCCCUGGAACAGAUACCUUUGUUGUACGGUCUGUGAUGCCAAGUGUCCCUAGAACUGAUACCGUUGUUGUGCGGUCUGUGAUACCAAGUGUCCCAGGAACUGAUUCCAUUGUUGUGCGGUCUAUGAUGCCAAGUGUCGCAGGAACUGAUACCGUUGUUGUGCGGUCUGUGGUACCAAGUGCCCGGGGAACUGAUACCGUUGUUGUGCGGUCUGUCACUCCUCAAGUAUCAGGUGUUGUCAUCAGCCAGCCCGGGCUGACCUCUGUACCUUCUAAUGUCAUCAGCCAAUCAGGGACAAGCCAUCCUGUUGCUGUUACAAUCAGCCAUUCAUCAAGCGGAUCGUCUGUUUCACCGAAGAAACGAUCCCGACGUGAACAAUCAGGAACUGUUACAGACAGUCGUGAAGGUCGUGUGUCUGGACGUCAGUCGCAAUGUGAAGGUCAUAUAUCUGGUAGACAGUCACAGAAUGACGAUCGAAUUUCUGGGCGUCAGUCACAGUGUGAGAGUCGUAUGUCCGGUCGUCAGUCGCAGUGUGAGAGUCGUAUGUCCGGUCGGCAGUCGCAGUGUGAGAGUCGUAUGUCUGGUCGGCAGUCGCAAUGUGAGAGUCGUAUGUCUGGUCGGCAGUCGCAGUGUGAGAGUCGUAUGUCCGGUCGGCAGUCGCAAUGUGAGAGUCGUAUGUCCGGGCGCGAGUCACAGUGUGAUGAUCGAAUGGAUGCCUACAGUGAUGGUGGGAGUAGUUGUGUGUCCUUGAGUCAAGAUAAGAGGGAUAGUGUGGACGCAGGUUCUACUUCUCGUCGUAGAGGGAGCCACCUCUCUGAUGGAGGUCGCAGGUCGCGAGAGAGAAGCGAGAGUGAGGGCGACAUGGUGGCAGAUAUAGCCAUGUUGAGUUCCUACACGUCAGAUGACGCUCGACGACAGAUGACAGGCUCUGUGACACCCGAAACAUCGGAUGUCGGCUUCCAACCCAGUAUGCUUGAUGCUGUGUUGACGGAGAAGAAAAUGGCACUGCUGAGGUCACCAGAAGUUCGCCAGUUCCUGUUCAACCUCCAGUCAGAGAAAGCCAAGGAGCAGACGCGACCUCACAGUUCACCCAGUACAAGGGGAGACAACCCUUCCUGAUUAUACCUCAUUUUAUUCUUAAACAAAUAUAAUGAAUGAAAUUUGCUGAACUGUAUAUAACCAUAUCCAGGUUAGACUAGGUCUUUAGCAGUGGUCAGGUGGUCAGGUGGUCAGGCUCAUUGACUUGGUUGAUGCAUAUCAUGGUAUUCCAAUUUCGUGAAUCGAUGAUGCCAAUAACUCGAUUGUCAGGUCCAGACUUGAUUAUUUACAGACUGCGGUGAUAUACGCUGGAAUAUUGCUGAGCGUUAAACAACUAACAAACAAAAAACAUAACCAUCAUUGUCCCGUAAGUUUCUGGAUUAACAGAGUCUGUUCACUGUAUGCUCACACUACUUGCCAACAACUACUUCCCAGCAUGUCUGAUGGACCGCCAGUUGACAACUAUUUCUUGGUCUGUUUAUGGCUUUCAAAAGAAGUAGUUUUGUUGUUUAUUAAAGUGUGGCAAUGAUGUCUGUUUGGAGCUUGAACCUACAUUUGACUGGGCUCCAGUCUACCUGAACGAGUAUACUGGCAGUGGCCAAUUCUCGUAGGCUGCAAAUGGAUGACACUAAACAUUGCAUUCAUUGGUCCUUGGCAAUUUUUGAAGACAAUUGACUGUCUUUAUGCAGAGCAGUUUAUAAAAAACAAUUCCAAGGGUGGUUAUUUAGUCAUAAUUAGGAUUCUAGGUACAUACGACUACUAAAGUCCAGUGAUCGAAGAUAGAAUGUGAUCUGUACUUUGUGAAUUAGGUGGGCAGGAAACUUAAGCAAUGUGGUAUACUCCAGCGCUUGUCCACAGCCUGGCAAAACUGUAUCAGGAACUUGAUCAGUGUAUUGUCACUUGACGUUUAGGAAAAAGAGCUAGUUGGUAAAUAUCAUACCAGUUGGUAUCAUGUCCACAACAAAAUAGGUAGCAUUCAGGAAAUCUGCAUGUCAACUGGACCUGUUUGGCGUUGUGGUCAGUUAUAGGAAAUGAUAUAGGAAAUGAUAUAACUACAUUUGAACAUGUGUAAAUCUCCACCUUGAUCCAUCUUCUCUACGUGUAGGAAUAAAGAAUGGAGAUGUGCGUGUAUAUAAACCAUCUACGUUUGUCUUCACUUGGAGUUGACUGCCGACCUGUGGGUCAUUUUGCCAGUAGAGCAAUAAAGGCUUUAAGAGCAAGCAGCUUAUUUCUCCAAGCAUUGACAGUUGGCGUUGUCAGUCCUCUCCAGUUCCCGGCUGCUGGAUUAAAAACGUUAGAAAUGAAGCUGCUGUGAAAGUGCUCCGAUAACCACCCAAUGACUUUUUUAGCAAAUUAAUUUAUGUAGUAAUGUGUUGAUAUGAGGAUUAGAAAAUGAUUUUUAUGUAAUAUCUUAACUGUGACAUAACAUAACUUGUCACAUUUAUAUUUAUAAGAAAUGAUCUUACCCAACAGGUUUUAUUAUUGCUGGUGUUCUUGAAAUGUGCAAUGUAUUAGUUUAUUACCUCCUAUAUUGUUCCCCUAGGAACACAAUAUUGGUAUCAAUCAUCAUCAGUGCAGUGUAUUAAUUAUUUGUGAUCAGGUUAUGAAAUGGCAUGUAUUGUGCAACUCAAGGAAGCAAAUGAGCAUGUAUGAACUUCCUGUGAACACUACUAUUGCCUGAGACCGAGCUGUGCGGAGAGACAUUGCAACUGAUCUUUCAUAAGAAUAUUGCCAAUGCAAUCUCAGGAGGCUCCAAACCUGUUUUCUCUUCUGGUCUAGUUUUGGACUAAAAAUGCUAGUUUUAAAUAACAAUUUGAUAUUUAAACAGUGCGUUAAUUGUCGGCCUCAUUAAAAAUUGUGAAUAGUGUUACGGACCAACAGACAUGCAUUAUGACCUGCUGAUGACAGUGUAAGAUGUUCAGAAGAAAACUUAUGUUUAAUUCAUCAUGUGACUGGAUGCCUAAAGAGAAUUUCAAAGAAUAUUCUGAAGUACAGAACAGGGAGGUGGAAUCUAAAUUGUAACCCCCAACGAAAGACCAUUUAAGUGUUAUACACGUUUUAAUCAUGUCUUGACUAUUGCUGUUAUUUGUUAAUAAAAACAACUUUUUUCAUAA